AUAAAACUCCACUGUAGCGGAAGUGUUCCAAUGAGCGUAAUUGACCUCUGCCACUUGGAUGACUUCCUGGUAAGAGUGAGCUGCCUGAUUAGGCGUCUGAACGAAGCGACUAUUGACCUUUGUGUCUUUUGUCGAAACAAUCACGAGACCUAUGAGACUUAUACGAGCCACAAGGUCAAGGACAGGUCAGGACGUGUGGUGUGUCCAAUUUUGCGGCGCUUGGUCUGCCCGCUAUGUUCAGCAACUGGCGAUGUUGCGCACACAAUUCGCUAUUGCCCAUUCCUCACUUCUAAGAAUAUGGCGAGUUUGAAUUCCACAGUAGGCGCGUCACGUAUUGGCAGCCCUAAGUCGUCAACACAACUUGAUCUUGGCAUAGGAAGCAAUCGGUUUUCGCGCCUAUUAUGA